AUGAGCUGCUCGGACGUGGCCAUGCAGCAGCCCGCCCCGGCGGCGUGCGGGGCGCCCCGCUAUCUGGCCGCGCCCGCGGCGGGCUGCGCGCAGAAGAAGUUAGCUGUGUACAACAAGAUGCAGGAGUCUCUGGAAGUGACCCUUCCCAACAAGCAAGAGGAGGAUGAGAAAGACCAGCCUGCCGAGAUGGAGUACCUGAACUCUCGCUGUGUCCUGUUCACUUACUUCCAGGGAGACAUUGGUUCAGUGGUGGAUGAGCACUUCUCGAGAGCUUUGAGCCAAGCCAGCAGCUUCAAUUCAGAGACUGCCCUUUCCAAGAGCAAGGCUGGGCUGAGUCCUCUGUGGAGAGAAAGCUCGACAAUUUCAAGCCAAAGGAGCGGAUUCCCAACCUCGUUUUGGACCAGCUCUUACCAGCCUCCUCCUCCACCCUGCUUAAGCGGAGUGCACCCCGAUUUCCCUGUGACUGCACCAGGCACCUUCCCGACACCGGAUCCCAGCAGCUGGCCAGGACACGGCCUUCACCAGAGCGCCCCGCCUGCUCCCCCGGCCGCCUCCGAGUCCUGGCAUUACCCCUUAGCGUCUCAGGUGAGCCCCUCGUACGCACACAUGCACGACGUGUACGUGCACCGCCACCACCCUCACCCCCACGUGCACCACCACCACCACCACCACCACGGCGCCGGCUCGCACCGCGACCCCCGCUACGGCUCGCUGCUGGUGCCCUCGGUGCGCGCCGCCAGGAUCCCCGCUCCCCAGCGUGACGUGACCAAGGCGGACCCCGCUGCCGUCGCCGGCGCUACCUCAGCCUGGGCCGGAGCCUUCCACGGGACGGUGGACAUCGUGCCGAGCUUUGGGUUUGAUACAGGUCUACAGCAUCAGGACAAGAGCAAGGAAGCUGCUUGGUUCUGAGGUGCAGAGAAAUUAAGACCAGCUAGAGCUGGAGUCAGCAGAGCUGGGCGGGUGAUGCAGCAGUGGUUGACUCCUUCUGCGUGGAGCAAAGGACACACAUGAAGAUGAAGAGCCAACUGUUCUGGUUUUGCUAUUGAGCCUUUUAUUUGUAAGGCCGUUUUUGGGUCCCACAGUGUUGGGAAAAAAAAACCAGAAACCUAACUUUUCUUUCUUUCCUCAUCUGAGCCUGCUGCAGCUGGGCAACCUAACUCCUUUCUGCUCCUUUAACAGUGUUUUGUUUUGUUCAGCUUGAUAUUUUUAUGAACAGUCUCAAUAGUCAGGAAAAAGACUCUCCCUUGACUACAGUGCGCCUUCUUUCAGGAAUACAGUAUUUUGUAGCUCUUUGUGCAUCUAUUUUUGUAGAAAUACAGAAAGUUUGGGUAAGGAUUGAUGGGCUAUUUUAGGAUGACAUAUUUUUUUAAAAAAAAUUGUAAAAUUGUUAAGUUCUGUUUAAAGAACUUGCUCUCAGAGAAGCACUGGCAAAAAUGUAUAAAAUGCUAUUUUUAGAUGUCUGUGAUGUGUUUGUGCAUUUUGGGUUUUUUUUUGUUUGUUACCUCAAAUGUCUGUUUCUUUUCAUUUUAAAGAGCUAAAUUUCUUUGCUUCCACAUUACUAGAUUCUGAUGUUUUUGUCCUUUUGUUCUAGCUUAAGCAAGUAUAAUUCGCACCUGAAGUUUCAGCCAAAUAUUUUUUUCCUGGUGUUAGAUCGUAGUAAAAGUGUUUUUGUUUUUCUUGACUCUAAAGGUGGCUUUGUGCUGUGCUGAUUGUCAGACGCUCGCAAACACCUUUAGCAUAGAGCAAAGCUUGAGGUUACAGCAACUGCAUUUCCAGCCCAUCCAUUCUUUCAAAAUGGACCAAAUACUCUUAAAUCAGACACGAAUAUGGGCCUCAUCUAUGACCCAUUGAAGCUGUUGAACACAGUUCCCCGUGGGUUAUGGUGCAGGCCCUCAUAGUGCUCAUAAAUAUCAGCACAAUCUUACAGGCAGGACUUUCAGCUAAGCCAUUUCAAGGUGGUUACUUACAGCAUCAAUAUUCAGGGAAAAUGAAAAGAAAAAAAAAAAAUCCAGGUUUAUAAAAAUGUGUGGCUUGUGGAAACAAAAGGUUUUCAACUGGCCUGAGCAGCUCAAGGAGAGCACAAGGAAAACUCCUGUUGAGCUCAGGCUGUGUUGCCUGGGCUGGGCUGUGCCGUGGGGCUCGCGGGGGCCCAGCUGCAGCGCUGCAUUUCGUAACCGGCUGGGCCUGCCUGCGCUGGGGCCUGGCAACAGCAGCGUGGCCACGUGGAGCCACAGCCCCUCUGCUCGGGAAACCCCCCUGGCCUGGGCCUCGGCUCUGACUUGGCAAUAAAGGCUUUGGUUGGAGCCAAGGUGGGCGCCAUCAAAUCCUGAGUAAGGGCGGCGAGGUCGCCGUGGGCCGCAGCUGGGUCGGCGUCUGUGCCCAGCCCUUGGGGACUCCAGCAAGGAUCAGCGAGUGCUUGGAUGGGACUGAGGGGAGCCCAGGGUCGGCACCUGGGUUGCUGGGUCCUGGCUGUUGCUUGGAGAUGUUGCCCUUCUGCUCUGUGCACGCAGGGUCCCUCUGUAGUAUUUCCUAAGGCUCUUAAAAAGCAUCAUAUUUCUGUCACCGCUGCUCUCAGGCAUCUCGCGUUUGAAAGACACGCCGGCCAAGUGGAAAAACCAAGAUACAGACACAUGGCUGAGAUAAGAAAGAGUUUAAUUUUAAGGCACUGAGCACUGUGAGUGUAGUUUUGUCAGGUGGAAACCACAUGGAUCUGUGUGUGAAAGGGGAGGGGGGCGUUGGGAAGUGCCUGCCACUCCGAGGUUCCCUGCGCUGCUGCUUCCCUCCAGGCUGUUUGAACUUGAUCCUAUGAGGUGUUGAGCGUUCUCCCUUGUCAAGGAAGAGGGCUUGACAUGCUGGCACUGGAGGUAUUAGGAUUAUAUCACAAUUUGGCAAGACCCUUAAGUCUCUACCUUGCUGAUUUGAAGUUUGAGACAAUGUAUAAAUGCUGAAUGGACUAUGCUUAAAUACUGCUUUAAAGUAAUAAGGUUGUAGUCUGUGUUGGGAUGAUGAAUUAAAUGUGGUGGGGGUUUUUUCCUCAUCUUUGUAGUCCAUCAGUAUUUCUUUCUCUCAAUAAAUUUCACUCUCAUGACAGUU